AGCUACGGUAGCUUGUAUACACACUGAGCAGGCAAUAGUGGGUUCUUGUAUGUCGAUCAGAGUGUCAGAUUUCCUGGCGCGGCGGUGCUCCAUUAUAGCCUGCUCCAAACGGUUCUGUUUGCGGUCAUAUGCUAAUUGUUGAAGGAACUAUGAAGAAUAUCGUGGCUAUUUUGUGUGUUCUGCUGCACGUCUCUAACUCAGCUUUGUCAGAGAAACCGAAUGUUCUGUUCAUCGUGAUAGAUGAUUUACGAGCGUCACUUGGAUGCUAUGGGGGUCCCAUCAUAUCACCAAACAUCGAUCAACUUGCAUCCAAAUCUGCUCUCUUCACCAACGCUAUGGUGCAGCAAUCGGUGUGUGCCCCCAGUCGAACAUCGUUCUUGACAGGGCGUCGUCCCGACACCACUCGCCUCUAUGACUUCGGGUCUUACUGGAGGAGACAUGCAGGCAAUUAUACAACCCUGCCACAGCACUUCAAAGAGAACGGAUACUUCACAGCGUCAGUAGGAAAGGUUUUUCAUCCAGGUGUAACAAGUGGUGGUCACGAUGACUAUCCAUAUAGCUGGUCUGUUCCUCCUUACCAUCCACCGACAGAACAAUACACCGGGGCCAAGGUGUGUCCCACUUUGGAUGGCACGCUUCACAAUAACGUCAUGUGUCCAGUCAACGUAAGUGUCAUGCCACAAAAAUCACUCCCGGAUAUCCAGUCUCUAGAAUUCUCCUCAUCUAUCCUGAAGAACCUAUCCGUAGCCCUCCAUCCAACAAACAAGCAAGGCAAACCGAUUGAAACCGGUCAGCCAUCUCAGGACAUGCAACCGCCCUUUUUCUUGGCCGUUGGAUUUCACAAACCGCACAUUCCGUGGAAGUACCCAGAGGAAUUCAAAUCGUUGUACCCGAUCGAGUCGGUUUCUAUUGCAACCAAUCCAUACCGGUCUCCAACCCAGCCGGAUGUCGCCUAUGAGGAUUAUUACACUAUGAGAACUUAUAGAGAAGAUGUGAAGGCUAUGAAUAUGAGCUUCCCCUUUGGAACAAUACCACUUAAAUUCCAUGCUCCGAUGAGACAGAGCUACUAUGCUGCUGCAUCCUACACAGAUUCCUUGGUGGGAAAACUACUCCAAACCCUGAAUGAAACUGGCUUCUCAAACAAUACCAUCGUCGUUCUCUUUGGGGAUCAUGGAUGGCAAUUAGGUGAGCAUGCAGAAUGGUGCAAGUACUCUAACUAUGAACUGGCAACAAGAGUUCCUUUGAUCGUUCACAUUCCUGGUGUUACAGACAAGCCAAUGUCAUCGCCAAUCAAAAAUCAACUUCAAAAUUCUCUAAAGAUGAUUCAAUCUCAAGACAAUGUGAAACUGUCUGCUGCCAGUGGAAUGGUUGUUGCUGAGUUUGUAGAACUUGUUGAUCUGUUUCCCACCCUCUCUGAUCUCGCUGGUAUUACUGUUCCACCUGUAUGUCCUCCAGAGCCUUUCAAUGUCACCUUAUGUUCCGAGGGGUACAGUUUCGCCCCUCUCCUGGAGCCAGUCCAAGGCUCCAACACCAUUCUGCAGAAAGAUGGCAUGAAGAAGUUGACUUCAAAGCGGUACAGCAGAUGGAAGAAUGCCACAUUCAGUCAGUAUCCUCGUCCAGGGGUAAUCCCAAACAAAAAGACUGAUCUCCCUAGUCUGGGUGACAUUACUGUCAUGGGGUACUCUAUGAGGACCAAGGAUCACCAUUACACCGAAUGGAUAGGAUUCAAUCCAAAAAAUUUUCAAGGUAACUGGACCGAUGUAAAGGCUACAGAACUUUACUUCAAUGGCUUGGACUAUGAUCAAAACCAAAAUGUUGCUGCUGAUCCACAGUUUAAGGACAUCGUUAAGCAACUCAGCUAUCAGUUACAGAUGGGCUGGCGCGAAAGCCUACCCGUCCCUGCAUAAAGCCCAAUGGAAUGCAUAUAUCGCCCUUUAUCUUAAAGUCAAGAAGUUAUCAGAACUCCAACAACAUUUAAAAGUCAAAACCAGAAAAUGAUAAAAAAAUAAAUUACCCAUCGUAAGAAAUUUCUACUAAACAAAAUGCAAAGAUUUAACCGAAACAAAGAAGACAUUGUACAGUUUCUCAAGCAAUGUAUUUUUAGUUGUCAUUUGAUUUUAAAUCAAUUUUUGAUGGUACAAUAUGUAUUUUGAAAUGAUAUUAAGAAAUUGUUGUAAAUAUGCAAAAUUCAACCUUAUGAUUACAGGGACUGCUGUGACCAGCUGUCAACAAUUAUCUGUUGAUACCUGCACUACUCACAGUUGAACAAUAUAUACAAACAAAUAAUAAAACCUGUAAUGGAAUGAAUUGAAUUGAGUUAUCAUAUACUCUGCAAGCAAAUUUUUUUUUUUUUUGGUCGAUGAAUUGACGUUUUGUCUGACAUAGGUCUUCACGUGAAUAGAGACCUUCAAAAUCUGCAGUCUGGAGCCAUAUGAAUUCUUUUACGAAUACAUAUUUUUUUACAUAACAAGUUUAAGUAACUGAUAUAAAAGCUACCCGAUUCUGAAAAGAAAACCCAAACAAUGAGGCCGACACUAUAAUGGAUUUAUACAGUAGGCUUGCGGGUGCACCAUGUGUGAGAGAGAGAGAGAGAGAGAGAGAGAGAGAGAGGAUUGAGGAGUCCUGAAAAGGACUCCGACUCGGUAAUCUUUCUUGGGGGUGUGUAGUCCUGAAAAGGACUGUUUGUUAUCUUGCUUAGCUUAUAGUUCUAAGGAGAACUAUAGCGCUUGGAGAGGAUGAGUGGCUCGACGUUUCGAACAGGUUGACUAUCCGUCGUCAGGAGUGGUGCACCCGCAAGCCUACUGUAUAUCUCCAUCACCAUGCAAGCCGACACUUAUAAUGGAUUUGUGUUACUGUAAUACUGAUAUGAAGAUAUACUGAUAUAGUACUGUAUGUUAGCAGUAUAGUGCACCUGCAUUGCGUUGUAAUCAAUGAGCCAUAUUUUUUGGGAAUUAUUGCCAACAUACAAGCCUUUUUUAAUGGAUGGUGGAACUAUAAAAUGUAAAUUAAUGAAUGAAAAAAAAGUGUAGUGAAUUGUGUUUAGAUAUUACACAGUGCCUUGUAGGCGUUACAUAUUAUUUUCUCAUUUAAUUUCACAAUGAAAAUAU